GCCGAACGCGUACGCCGCGCCGUCCAUCCAUUUGGGCUUCUUACACGGCGAUCGACGGAAGAUGCGCUAAUGCAAGAGAGGUUCAUCCGCGGAACAAGGAGGAGAAGAAGGUGAAGACAUUGACACCAUCAUGUCUGACAGUCUUGAAGAUGAGGGCGUGGCAAAAAUCAAGGGGAUGGGUCUCGGUCUCGACGAAGACCAGAUCAGACAGGCGUUGCGCAACAGUAACAAUAACCCCGAAGAAGCCGUUCAACUGUUGCUCCCGGAGAGCCCGCAGGACGCCGAUCGUCUCGGUUACCACCUGGUCUCUGCGCAGACGAGCUCGUCUUCGUACGAGAGAGACGUGGACAUGAGGGACACAGAGACGCACCCCGGAUCAGGGGGAGAGUCUGACAGAGAUUCCACCACUGUCAGCUACUCCCUGGAGGAGGAGAGGAACCUGGAAGAGGGGGAGGAGGGGGAGGAGGAGGAGGGGGAAGAGGAGGAGGAGGAGGACUCACACAGUCUCCAGUUCCAAGUGAGCCGCGAGGAGGAGCUACCUCCACGACCCGAGGGACCGCCCCCUCGUUAUGAGGAUAUCGUCUCGGGGAACCACGACACGGAGGAUCCCCAGCAGGAAAUAGUUCCCCCUGCCCCCCAGGGGGCUCCGGGGUCGUCAAUAGAGUUCCCCCUCACCCACUUCUACGAGCUGGAGAGCAGAGUUCACACUGACCAGUGGUCCAUACCGUACAAGAGGGAGGAGAGCCUGGCGAUAUGUAUGAUGGCGACCACAAACAUGAUCAGAGAGGGUGGUGCAGGUUUGGCCGAUGCUGAUGAAAACUGCAGAAAGUUUCUUGACAAAACCAUCGUUGACUGCUUCACAAAGUUGCUGACUCACGAGGCCGUGUUCCGAUGGGACUCGUCCAUCAUGGAGGGAAUUCUCGACAUGUCCACACUCCUCAUGGAGUUGAUCGCCGAGCGUCUGAAACAGCCUCCAAUUCCUCUGAUUCUGCUUCACCUGCUGGCUGCGGUCUGGAGUGCGGACAAUAACUUCCACACUAAGAUGAGAUCGAAGCGGGCUGACACGGCUCGCUGGGAUAAGUUUUACGGAAAGAGCCAUCCCUUUGCCCAGAUGCCUCCAUUUCAAAUGCAAAAGAGAGUAACAAGGGUUGGCUGGUGGACAUUCUCAACACUUUUGCCCAGCACGGAGGAGUGCAGGCCAUUACGGAAGCUGUUCUGAAAACUGAGAACAUAACUCUCAAGGAACUGAAGGCGCUGUUCUAUCCGUUCAGUCAGUGUGCGAGGACUACCUCAACACUGCCUACCUCAAGUCACAUCUCUCCAAGCCCAUCGUCGUCGCCAUCAAAUUUGUGGGAGAUCUCUCCGACACUGACUUCAAGGACAAGGAGGUUGACUGUGUGAGUGACCUGCUGAAAUCCCUGAAGGCCCUGAUGGUCCGUUGCUGUGUGUGGGACAAGGUUACGUCCAUUGACCAACUGAGGCUGGACACCACUCACAGGAUGCUCAACAUUCCUCACUUCAAUGCCAAGAUGAACGCCCUCAAGGAGGUGGUGAGACUAACAGACGAACCAUUUUCAGCCGCCAAGGGAGUCAAAAGCCCUCUGACUGAAGAGAAGAUAGUCGAAUGGCUGGUCUCAAAGAAAGUCCUCUCCAUUGCUCUGCAAGGGAAUCUCCACCAUUCUCAGUACUGCGACAAGCUCCGCUCCAUCGUCGAGUUCCUGGGAGUCCGUCUCUCCCUGGACGAACUGUCGUCCAUCUGGGAGAUGCAGGUCGACGAGAACCCGUCCAGGUGGAGAACGUCCAUGCCAUUCUCGCGGCAGCUGCCUCUCGCUUCACUCCCCAGCAUCUCGACCACCUCUUCACACUCGUCAGUCAGAGCUGGGAGUCAGCCUCCGACAGGUACAGAGAGAAACUUCUGGAGCUGAUCGGCAAGAUCGGCAAAGACGACCGCUCGGGGAAGACAGCCUCAAAGGUACACCCACACACUGCUGAUCACAUGACUCUCACAUGAUGAUCAUGUGAUGCAGAUCCUGGACCUGCUGUGGAACCUGGCCCACCUGCCCCACGUGAGCCGUGAGAUGGUUGAACUGGCUCUCGAUGCUCACUCCUCCAUUCUCAUCGAGUCCUACAGCACGAAGGAGGGCGAGAGGAGAACCUACAUCGGCAAAUGUGUGGAGGACAUUCGAAAGGGUGUGUGGGUUGUACCUGGGUUCAAGCAGCUCCAUCGAUUCGCCAAGGGAUUCUACAAGACCAACUACGGCCAGAAAGACCAGCACCAGAUAGCAGAGCUGCAGAGACAGUACGACCUACUGAGGCAGACUUGUGCCAGCCUCACCAAGUGCCACUCCAAGGCUCUGAAGGAGUGUGAGGUCAAGGGAGAGAGCCUAGGUGGGGAAACGCUGGUGGAUGGCAAGUAUUCUCAUCGAGAGUGUGUGGAUAUUCACCUCAAGUUCAUGGCGUUCUUGCUCCAAGAUGGAGCUCUGUACGUUCCCACAAAGAGGGCCUUCGACAUCUGGGACACUCUUAUUGCCAACCCCAAUGCCUGUGACAUGGACAGGAAGUUGGCGUUCAAGUGGUUCGAUGUAGGGAUGGGAGAUAUGGAGCUGGAAACUCAGACACAACUAUUCCAGACCAGAGUCUUGAAGGUGGACCCCCUCAAACUGGACCAGGCCGGCUACCAGUGUCUCAGGAACUUCUUCGAGACAAUAAACCUGGCAGAGAGGAAACUCAGGAAGGUCUCCUCCGCCUACCACAGCAUCAUUGUUGAAACACCAGACUUGACUGGGAUCGACUACCUGUGGAUGGCUGCUCUGGAAGUGCGGGACAUCAAGAUAGCGGACGAGCUCAUCGGGAACAUUCUCCAGAUCAGCUACCAGGGCCUCAGCCCAAAGUUGAAGAAGGACGUAGGAUCCCUUCACCAGAGGUUCUUUGACGAGUGCUUCAAACGACUCGACAACUUGCAGCUGCCGACUGAGGGGGAGGAGCCUGUUGUCGUGACGACCCCAUCAAAAACUGGACCUAGCACUAGCAUCAUGGACAUAAACCUGAAACUGCAAUCAGUUGAGAGGCUCCUCCUACUUUUAGAACGUUACAUCACUGUUGCCGAGGAGAACUACCAUUUUCUUCGCCACUAUCCUCCCCACGGAGCCUGCUUCCUUGGUCAUCCCAUCACUCUCUCCAUCUCACCCGACCAACAUAAGUCAGAGUUCAAACUCGAGUGCCACGCCAACGAGAGCAUCUUGUCGGUGAGGCGGAGAAUUGCUCAGACUUUGGGUGUGGGGCAGGAGCAGGUGCAGAUGGGGAUCUCUGAAAGAUGGUUGGAGGCAACUGACAACAACAGGCUGAUUCACCAACUGAAGUUCAAGGAGCAUCAGAACAUCAUUGUCAAGACCAAUCUGUAUGCAAGAGGAAAUGAGACUACAGAAGGCACUUCUCAGAGACAGUCACUUGGACAAGAGCAGGAGAAGUCUCUCCCCGGAGUCAUUCUCUCACGCCAGAAGGCCGUCUUUGACCGUCUUGAGGACCUCUGCCAGAUGAGCAGCUCGUCCAUCAUCUUCCGCGUCCGAUCUCUCCUCAUGCUGAUCCCCACGGACCCCCGCCCCGUGGAGAACAUGGAAAUUUUCACCCACACGACCCCCCAGGGGGCCAGCGAGGACCCCCAGAGCCCCGCCUCCCCACACACCGUCCUCAGAGACUAUUUCGACCCGGCAAAGACCACGCCCACAAGGCUCCUGUACAGUCUAGAGAUCCUGAGCAGUCGGUUGAUCCCGGCCGGAGAUCGUGAAGUGGACGAGGGUCAGCCGCAGCUGUUUCGACGGAACUUCCUGGAGUGCGGAGGGUUAAAGUCGGUGAUCAAUGUGCUGCAGCGAAACGCUCUGCCGUCUGAUGUAGAUCUGACUGUGAGGCAAGACUGCUAUGCCAUUGCCCUGGCUCUUGCAAGGUUCCUACUGUGUAACCAGGCCACCCUGUCCCCAGCUCAGAGGGUCCCGUAUCGCCAACUCUCCCUCCCCGUCUCCUCCCAGUCGGGGGAGGGGUCUACGGGUGGCACCAGCGGGCGGAGAGACACCGGGUCUUCAGAGGGCGGGGCCGAACCAAUGCUUGCCGAGACAACGGGCGAUCGGCCGAAGGUGACAAAAGUCAUGAGCAGCGAAGAUGAAGUUGCAAGACUCACUAUAGAGACCAUGAGUGUUGAUGACUUUGCCACUAUGCUGGCCUACCUGGUGAGGGUCUGCUGGUCUGCCGCGGCCGGACAGCUCCAUCUCGCCAGCAUCAGCGACUCCCAACCCCCCUCGCCUGCACUACAUCACCGUGGAAACAGGGAUACCACACCCACCUCGUUAACGGAGCGAGUGGCGGGGCAGGAGGGAGAGGGAGGGGGCGCAGGGCGCAGCGCACAGCUCCGUGCAGGGAUCUGUCUAAAGCAGGAGACUGACUCCGUCUCGUCCAAGAAUGCGGCCAUCGCUCGAGAAGCUCUGGAACUGCUAGUGACGUGUCUGAAGCUCCGUUCCCACCUCCUCAACAUGUUCUACACGCUGCCGCACACCGAGGACUUCGUCAUCGACAUUCUCCUCGGCUCUCCUCACCUCCAGAUCCGUCUCUCCGUCGUCGAACAGCUCCUACAGCUCUGCUCUGUCAACAUCGCUCCUCCGCCUUCUCUGUCGUCAGACUCGAUGCCUGUCAAGAGAGCCAAAACCUCGCAGGUGGAGUCGCCGCGUCAUUUCUUUGUCCACCUCCUCCUCAAGAGACCCCAGAGUCUCUGGGACACGCGGCUGGAGCCAAAGAAACACGGCCAACUAGUGGAGUGGGAGAGGUGCUCCGAGUACUUUGAGUUCAGAGCUCAGCUGCUACAAAACCUCUACGCUCUGGACAUUGACUCUCUGUCAGUGGACGUCCACGCCAUGCUGAAGGAGGAGCUGCGGUGGUUGUCUGUCUCUGCUACUCCUGCCACGACCUCGUAUCCCCAGUGGCAGACGCUGCUGGCCGGCCACCUCAGACUCACACUCGCCCUCUUCACCUCCACCAACAUCAACAAACAGGAGUUCGGUCACGACCUUGCUCUCCAGCUGGUUGCCACAUUCCUGUUCCCGGCCUCCAAGAUGAUCCUGGACUCUGUGGAGCCGACAGGGAUCGUCUCUGUGAGUCCGCACUGCUCACAGCCGCCCUCCCGGAUCUCCGCCUACUGCCUCCUCAUCGAGCUCUGCCGCGGUUGCUACGACAACCUGGUCGGCGUCGCCAAGCAACUGGUCAAGUUGCAUCACCACGACAACCCUCAGUUUGCAAAGGAAUGGGAGUUCCAGCCUCCAGUGGUGGGGCGGUCUCCGUGUGGCUAUGUGGGUCUGAAGAACGCUGGAGCCACCUGCUACAUGAACUCUGUACUCCAGCAACUCUACAUGACCAAACCAGCCAGAGAGGUGAUACUGAGUGCUCCUGAGUCAGAUGCCGAGGGUGAAAGUAUUCUCCCGGAGGUUCAAAGCGUAUUUGGCCACAUGCUAGAGAGCAAGCUGCAGUUCUACGCUCCCGACAACUUCUGGAAGACAUUCAAACUGUGGGGACAACCGGUCAACGUGCGAGAGCAGCAAGAUGCUUACGACUUCUUCUGUAAUCUCACUGACCAGAUCGACGAACACCUCAAGAAACUGGGCCUGCCCAAAGUAUUUGAGGAGAUUUUUGGAGGAGCCUACUUGGACCAGAAGAUCUGUCGAGACUGCGAGCACACGUAUGACAGACAGGAGUCUUUUCUGUCGGUCUCUCUCCCGGUGAAGAGCCGGUCGCUGCAGGAGAGUCUCAAGGAACACGUGAAGGGAGAGAUGCUGGAGGGAGAGAAUGCCUACCUCUGCGAGAAAUGCCAGGAAAAGAGAGACACGUUGAAGAGGAUGUGUUUCAAGACUCUUCCUCCGGUGAUGGUGGUCCAUCUGAAGAGGUUCGACUACGACUGGGAGGCUAACCGGGCCAUCAAGUUUGACGACUUUUUCGAGUUCCCGUGGAUGUUGGACAUGGAGCCCUACACGGCACAGGGUAUCCAAGCGAGAGACAAGGAGGAACCACCGCUACCUCCUCAGAUGUACGACCUCGUGGGGAUAGUGGUUCACUCUGGUCAGGCCUCCGCCGGACACUACUACUCAUUCAUCAAGGAGAAGAGCUACCUGGGCAGUCAGUUGGACCCGACCAUCAUCCCAGAGGAGCCAGAGAUUGAGGAAGAAGACUCCGCCCACCUGCAGCCGUCGGCUCCACCCACAAGUGGUCGCUGGCUGAGGUUCAACGACACGAAGGUGGAACAGUUCAUGAUGAGCAACGCGGCUCUCGAGGCAGAGUGUUUCGGAGGCAGCUACAAAGCAAAACCUUCUGACAGUCACUCCACGACUCCCGAGAUGAGGGUUCGUUACUGGAACGCCUACCUCCUGUUCUACGAGGCGGUCAACAGCAUAAAGAAACUAUCGCUCCCUCGCAGGGUGUCUGGGGAUUCCCCCAACCCCACCUCUCCCCUCCGUCCCCACGGCGGAGAGGACAAACUACAGCAGCUGCAGUCCCCCUGCAGGCGCUGGUGCAGAAGGGAGAAAAGAGGCAUCUCUUUGACGACACGAUGCCAGCUGCCAUCCAGCACAAGGUGAACGAAGACAAUCUCCAGUUCAUGAGGCACCGAGACGUCUACUGCACCGAGUACUUUGACUUUGUCCGCGAACUGGUCUACGCCAAUAAUAUGAUAUACUUGGACCACUCCCACCCAGAGCAGGGGCACUAUGGGGUGGUCAGUAUUGAACUGGCCACCAACUUUCUGCUCCACACCUACUUCAGAACUAAGAGGAACCUCAGAGGAGACCAGGAUAGGUGGGUCAGUCACAUGAAGCUACUGUUGAGAGAGUGUCAGGAGGCCUGUCAGUGGUUCAUGGAGAAAAUGGCUGCAGACGAGGGGAAAUACCUCAAACCCUUCCUGCUGGAGUGCACCAGUAAGGAGGUGAGGCACAGUUACUCUGACGUGCUGUCGAUGGCGGUCCAGAGCAGUCUGGGGUUUGGCUGCGAGGCAGACAGAGGGCCCGUCGCCAGCAUCGUCGACUGCGUCCUGGCAAUGCUAGAGAAAGACGUGGUCGACAACUGCAAGAGCUGCUGCGAGUACUUUGAGUUCCUCAAGAACUACGCCAGCUAUCCGCAAGGAGUGACCCAUCUUCUGAAGAAAGAUGCGUUUGUCUCAAUUCUCAACUUCCUUCUUGGACCUCUCCCCAAGGACUCUGAUAACAGACCCCAGGACAAGGACAAGAAAGCCCCGCGACGCUGGACCUCGAAUCAGGUCAAGGAAUUCGGACCUCUGCACGGGACGCUGUCGCUGCUGGUACGGAACACGGACAUCUCGAUGUUUGAGACCGAGACCAGUGACGAGAAGGCAGACGUCGCGUCCGAGAAUCCGUACAGGAUCCCCGGGAGUCAUACUGACCUUCGACCUCCGCCAGACUCGAUGCACCAGGCCCUCUUCUCCAUAGAACACAGCAAGAGAUUCAUUCACGAGUGUGUGUUAACACUGAGAGAGUGUGAUCCAGCAGCGACGGAGGCCAUCGCAGCCACCUUCUGCUACUGCUGCUGGAACAACCAGUCUUUCUCUGCCUGCACCAUCGAGGACCUACAGAUCCAGAUUUCUAAUGUGGCAGCGAAUGAGAUAAAGUCCUAUUUCAAAGUCCUGACAGAGUUACUGUUGAUAGAAGAUCUGUUGCAAGUCAAGAGAAUAAGUUUUGCAAUCCAGGGCUCCAAAUACCAGCCUCACGUGGCAAUAUUCAAUACCAUACAGAACAACACAACGGUACAGGCCGACUCUAAGAAGGCCUACCAGGGGAUCAAGUUCCUAGUUGGACUGGGGAACAAGUCAAAACCUUGCCGGGAUUUCCUGGUGGGCAGAGCGUCAGACUGGCAGUGGGCCGUGGCCUGGCUCAGGAGGAAGAUGUCAGACUAUCACACUUGGCCUUCUACCUCCAUCUCCAAUGAAUCAUCUAAUACAAGAUCCUUCACUAGAAGUGACAGUGCUCAGGACACUCUUGAGGAGGCCAGUGCUCUACUGAAAGAGAUAGAGGCCAGAGAUUCUCGACAGACAUCUCAUUCCUCUGUAGACAGCAAACAUUCCACAGAGACUAGUAGUGAACUGAGCUCUAAUACUCAGCAGUCCAAUAUGGAUCGCCUGGAGGGGUAGCCCAUCCCUCUCGAUUUUGUUAUCAUAACUAUUGA